GAGGAGGGAGGAUGAGUCCAACAGGCUGAGAGCUGCAAAGCUGCUGCUUGUGGAGCUCCAUAUCCGGCUGGAGCAAAGAAAAACAGGAUGAAGCUGCUGUGGGUGCUACCUCAAUGUUGUCUGCGCCUUGCUGAUUAGUCCAGGGGAGCAACAGCUCGGCGAGAGCCCUAGCACAGCAGCCGCUGAAAAAGCAGAAGCUGCCACAAGGCAGAUCCACCUCCGUCAUGAGCACCCUCUACUUGUGGGAUCAGCUGCGAGCCGGCAGCUCCGAGGUAGACUGGUGCGAAGAUAACUACACUAUCGUGCCCACGAUAGCCGAGUUCUACAACACGAUAAGCAACAUCUUGUUUUUUGUUUUACCACCCAUAUGUAUGUGCUUAUUUCGUCAAUAUGCAACCUGCUUCAACAGUGGAAUAUACUUAAUAUGGACACUGCUAGUUGUUGUUGGAAUUGGAUCUGUCUAUUUCCAUGCUACACUCAGUUUCCUGGGUCAGAUGCUAGAUGAGCUGGCUAUUCUUUGGGUCCUGAUGUGUGCUCUGGCCAUGUGGUUCCCCAGAAGAUACCUCCCAAAAGUUUUUCGAAAUGACAGGGCAAGGUUUAAAGCUGCAGUUGGUGUCCUUUCUGGAGUUACUACAUGCCUUGCAUUCAUUAAGCCUGCUAUCAACAACAUCUCAUUAAUGACACUAGGUGUCCCCUGUACUGCUCUGCUUAUUGCUGAGUUGAAGAGGUGUGAAAACUUGCGUGUGUACAAGCUGGGCCUCUUUUCAGGUCUUUGGUGGAUGUUAGCACUUUUCUGCUGGAUCAGUGACAAAGCAUUUUGUGAGAUCUGGUCUUCAUUUAACUUUCCAUAUUUGCACUGUGUAUGGCACAUCCUCAUUUGCCUUGCUGCUUACCUAGGCUGUGUCUGUUUUGCCUACUUUGAUGCUGCCUCCGAGAUCCCUGAACAGGGCCCUGUCAUAAAGUUCUGGCCCAGUGAAAAAUGGGCUUUCAUUGGUGUCCCCUAUGUCACCCUCCUCUGCGCACAUAAGAAAUCACUUGUGAAGAUUACAUGAAAUCAAGCACCUAGUGGAGGGAACAAUCUAUUUAUUUUUUCAUCACAGACUGUACUUAGGUAAAGGUAGUGGCUAGGGUUUUUUUUCUGACUAAUAUGCAUAUGGUGUUCACAAGUGUUUUGUUAACACAUGGUAAAAUAUGACCUUUCCUCACUUUUCUGGAGAGGAGGCCAGAAGGUUUAUUGUGGUGCUCCUGAACAUUUAUAUUAGAACUCUGUAUUGACACUGGUUGGGUUUGUUUUGCACUCUGGUUUUGAUGUAGCAUCCAUCAUGAUAUACUGGUAAUUCUUUCCAAAUAUCAAAGUUAAGGCUAUUUUUCAAGGUCAGCCAAAACAGCUGACUGUAAGAGACUGAUUCUCUUUUCAUGUUGGUUCUAUUUAGUGAAGGAACAGUGAGGGGGACAAAGGUGCUUUUAAGCCAUCUUUGUGCCUCCCCUAUUCUGUGCCCAGCUCCGAGUAUACGUUAGAGCAGUCCUGAGCAUGCUUUAAUUUGCACCUGGUUGCAUUUAACCAUAAGUUGCCAUGGUGGUAUUCCAGCGAUGUUUUUUUCCACAGUCACAUCUCCGCGUGUGGACUGCAGAGGGUGGGUAGUGUAGAACCAUUGUGGCAGCUCUGCACUGCAUGGGAAAUUCCCCAGUAGCUAAAUACAUUAUCUGAGCUGCAGAAGAGGAUGGCAACAAAGGAAAAUCGGACCCAGAAUUGUUACACUGGUGUAAAACAAGAGUAAGUGAGAAGAAGAACAGGCCUUAAAUCCAAAUAAGAAAUUCAGGAACCCUAAAUUCCUAAUGUUUUCCUCAAACAGUUCAGAAUGGAAUGACGGUGACUUUUGGCUAAAUUAUCUACAGGAUGCUGAUGAGUAUCAGCUUGUGUGGGGUGUAGCGGAACCUGGUAGCCAUUACAAACGUAUUUAAAGCGACAGAGAGUCCUGCGGCACCUUAUAGACUAACAGAAGUAUUGGAGCAUAAGCUUUCGUGGGUGAAUAUCCACUUUGUCAGACGCAUGGGAGUCUAAUGUGAUAUAAUUUCUACUGUAAUAUAGAAAGUUUCCCAUUUAAAGUGUAUAUAUUCCCAAUAAGCAUAUGAUGGUUAUAAAAAUCCCCUUCUAUCUCUGGGCUUUAAUCUUUUUUCUCCAGAUGUGGUAAAUUUUAAGGGUGAGACUUUCAAAAGCAUUUGAUAUUGGCCUAACUGCUCCCACAAAUUAUAUGGGAGUUGUACCAAUAACUUCAAUGGGAGCAGCGUUCAGCCAAUACUGAGCAGUUUUGAAAAUCCCACCCUAAACUAUUAACAUUAAAAUUUGGAUUAAACUAUUAAUAAAUAAAACAAAACCCUAGACUCCAAGUCCAGUUGGUGAGAGUUAGUUUCUGACUAAAGCCUUUCAAGUAGUAGUUUUAUUUAGAAAAGGUAAAUGACCACUUAAAACCAUAUUUAGGGCCUGCAUGUCUUUCCAAUAAGCAGUGAAGUUUAAAACUUCAGUGAUUACAUUAUUUGAAGGAAUGUGUGGUGUAAUUUUUGCCAUUUGUAUCAACCUGUCUUGUAAAACAUUAGGGACAGUCCAAAAGGGUAGUAUCUGAAUCCAGUUUAGUUUUAAGGCUGCUGUUUGAUUUUUGACUCCUAGUUAGGCCUAUGGUUGAAAGUCACUUGCACUGAAAUCUUGCAAGUUGUUUUCACAAGUUUUUAGCAAAAAUGAUGCAAGGAUGGAGUCACUGAUUUUCUGAGACUUCUACCAUCUUUAACUAUUGUGACCAGCUGUUCUUGAGAGAGAGAGGGUCCUUACUGUUUGAGAUCCAAAUCCAUACCUAAACUGUAGGGGUGGGGCUUCAAGGAAUUGGUUAUGGCCUGCCUCUCUAAAAUAUUUAACUUCUAAGCAAUAUCUUACUUUGUCACCAAUACUAGGCACCAAUGUGAUGUAAUCUCUACUGUAAUAUAGAAAGUUUCCCUCCAUUUAAAAUAUGUAUUGCUACUUGCAGUGAUAAAAGAUGAUCCUUAGUUUUACAAUAUAUAUAUUUUGAAAAAUCCAACUGAAAUGCUCAUACAACAUUAGUUUAUUCCAGUUUGUUAAAUAUGCAAAUAUAAUAAUUGUUAUAGCUGUAAUAAUUAUGCUUUUCCAGUUAGCUGAGGCCUUUAUUGCUUUACUUGGAAUGAAUUUGGGAGUUGUGAAUGUUACCCAGAUUUGGUCCAUAUAUAGCCAGCCUCAGGGAUAUUUCUGUUUUAACCUUAUUCUAACACUUAAUUUGGAUUAGAUGGGAAGUGUGUUGUGUAGUUUUAGGAAGCAAGGCACGGUAACUUACGACAAGUGUUCCAGAGCUGUUUGGUGGAACCAACUUUUCAGUAUCACAUACUGAGGGCGUGUUUCUUUGCUGUCUUAUAUCAGUGUUGGCUCCACUGGCUUCAGUGGAGUCACUUCUGAUUUACAGCAGUGUAAGCGAGAGGAGAUCUGGGUCCUGGAACUUUAAGUGUUCUCCUAUACUUGGCUGCUGUGGUCACAGAAAUGUACUUUAUAACAGUUUUUACUUGAGAAUAUGCUACUGAGAGAUGAAAACCCAGAUCCUCUGCUAUGGAAUGGUGCAGCUCUUGUGGAGCAGGGGCAAGUGAGGAUGUGCAAAGAUCUGCUCCCCCAGUGCUGGUCUGGCUGUAUGGUGGUCUGCCCCCCCGGUGUAGCUUAAGUCAGCCUCGAAGGAUCAGCUGGGUGUAGAGAAGCCUCAGCCAAACCCUGUAUUCCAACAGCACGGAGGGGAAGGAGAGUGAAGGAGCCACUACCUUGGCUCUACUCCAGCAGAGGGCUCCCAUAUACAAGGCUGUACCUCCCUUGGUCAUCUCUGCUAGACAUAGGGCCAAAAUCUGCCUGUGGUGAAGUGAAUAUUGCACCCUGGAGGGUCUGAUACAAAUAGUCCUGUAGAAAAACAUAGACCAUUUCAGCCCAAAUGCUGCUGAGUUCUUUACUACAGAAAUACAAAGGGAGGAAGCAUCCCCAAAGUCUGAAGAAAGUGAUAUGUCACACUAGAUUAAUCAGCUCUUCCCAUUUCAAGAGCCACUGUCAAUGUGCCAGAAUAAACACAUUCCUCUAUUUAUUAGAACAUGGUUCUAUAGGAAAGACAAAUAUAACAUGGUAUGAACCAAAUCGUACUCUGCUCCAAUGAACAUGUUAGUUUAAUUGGAAAAAUCAUUAGUGACUAAGGGGAUGAAAAGACAUGGCCUGAUUCUCAACUGCCCUGCUCCUUGUGUUGUUAUUUCCACCAGUGCAAAGUGCUACCAAAGCACUAGUGUCAAUGACCACAUGACAGGGCAGUUGAGAAUCAGACCCCCUCGCCCCCAUCCUAAAGCCAUAAACUCUUUCCUAAUCAAUGACUCUUUCAAUCUUCUUAAAUUACAGUGGGUUUUUUUCUCUCUCUCUCCUUGCAGUAUAUAUCAUUUAGGCUGAGGGGGGGGGGGGGAACUCUUUUAAGCAGGCUCUGCAGCCACCUUUUUUUCACCUUUUUUUCACUGUUCCUGUUAAAAUCCAUGGCAGAACACUAAUUGGUUUGCAGGAGCAGGGCGUUAUUUCCCUAUAUUUCAGAAGUAUAACAAAAACCAAGUAGUGGUGGAAUACACAGAGGCCCAUAUUUUCAACAGCAUCCUUUGAUUUUUUUUUUGGGGGGGUGCCCAAUUUGAGGCACGUAGGGCUUGAUUUUCAGAGGUGUUGGGUGCCCAGAGCACUAGAUGAAAUCAGAGGAAGCUGCAGAACAUCUGACAAAUCACAUGCUAGGGUUGAGAUUUUGUGUGGCCCCCCUAAGAAGUGUAGCAGAUAACUCUGAAUUUAGGGGGAGGGUGAUUAAGGUGGCCUUAACCAUCUUUGCACUGUCCUGAUCCUUGGCUGCUCCAGGGACUGAAACGGCCCCCAGAAUAACUUAGACCCCCCAGGGCUAUGUAAGUCAUGUUAGACUCCCAGCACUAUGGGUAUGGUCUUACCAAAUUCACGGUCCAUUUUGGUCAAUUUCAUGGUCAUAGGAUUUUAAAAAUCGUAAAUUUCAUUAUUUUAGCUAUUUAAAUCUGAAAUUUCA